CACGAAUGCUAGAGACCGGGCAUUAUCUGAAACAAUCAACAAUCGUUCACAAAGACAUCCGGAUACCCGUUAAAGUUCAGAUAUCUCGCAAAGAUUGUUAGUUAAUGUAUCACUGUUUUAAGGAAAGAAGGAGGAAUUUACAUUAAAUCAUCAAAAUGGCUGAACAGAUGACAGAGGAUCAAAUUGCAGAGUUCAAGGAGGCGUUUAGCCUUUUCGACAAGAAUGGUGACGGCACAAUCUCCUCCAAGGAGCUUGGAAUCGUUAUGAGAUCGCUGGGCCAGAACCCUACCGAGGCGGAGCUACAGGACAUGAUCAACGAAGUCGACGCUGAUGGUAAUGGUACGAUUGACUUUCCUGAGUUUCUGACGAUGAUGUCCCGAAAGUUGAAUGAUAUGGACGGCGAGGAGGAGCUUCGUGAGGCCUUCAAAACAUUCGACAGAGACGGAAACGGCUACAUCUCAGCGGCUGAGUUGCGUCACGUGAUGACGAACCUCGGGGAGAAGUUGACAGAUGAGGAGGUGGACGAAAUGAUCCGGGAGGCGGACAUCGACGGGGACGGACAGGUCAAUUAUGACGAAUUCGUUACCAUGAUGACCAGCAAAUAAAUUCAAGAAAUAAAAGGGCUUUCAUAGUUUCAUCAAUCAUUCCACUCCAGAAAGGCUGUUCCGUCCGGACAUAAUUUGCAUUUUAUACAUUUGUACAUACGUUUAGACUCAAUAAAACAUUUAUAUGUAG